CUUGAAGCCCCAGGACAAAUUCCCGGAAUUCCGGAGGCGGAGAGUAGUGCUACGAAUCAGAAGUCGGAGGUCAGAGGGCCAAAUUGGCGGGAGAAAGGAUUUUGUGGUCCGCGAUCUGAGGCUGCGAUGGCUCUUCCAGGAGUAGCAUGAGGAUUCUUUCUCUUCUGGAAGCUGACAGGACCAAAAAAGGCAGUGCCAAAGUGGUGACAGAAGAGAUCUUAGGAGAAAGUAUUUUUGCCUUGUACUUGGGAUAGCUGCUGGGCCCACAAUGGCUCCUGUAAAGAUUAGCCACAUCGUAUCAUUUUCCUCUCAGGAUCCCAAGUAUCCUGUGGAGAACUUGCUGAAUCCAGACUGUCAGAAGGGACCUUGGCUCAGCUGCCCUCAGGACAAGAGUGGGCAGCUGAAAGUGGAACUCCAGCUGGAGAGGGCAGUGCCCAUUGGCUACAUUGAUGUAGGUAACUGUGGCUGUGCUUUCCUGCAAAUUGAUGUGGGCCGUUCUUCCUGGUCCCUGGACAGACCUUUUGUCACCUUGCUCCCUGCAACCAUGCUUAUGUCCCUGGCUGAUUCAAAGCAGGGGAAAAACCGCUCAGGGGUCCGCAUGUUUAAAGAUGAUUUCCUGGCUGCGGCCUCAGGUGAGCCCUGGGAUCGACUUCGCCUGACCUGCUCCCAACCCUUCACACGUCAGCAGUCUUUUGGUCUGGCCUUCCUCCGGGUGUGUUCCUCCCUGGACUCCUCAGAUGACCCUGUGGGGGAUCUCUCUGCUCCCGGGAGCACUACGCUAAGCCAGGGUUCUGAUGCUCAGGAGUCUGGUCCAAGCCCCUGGCUGGCUAAUCCUUCCAUUCGGAGGACAUUCUUCCCAGAUCCCCAAACGAGCACCAAGGAAAUUUCAGAGCUUAGGAAUAUCCUAAAGCAGCUGCAGCCAGGGGCUUUGGGACGUUCAGCCUGCAUGGUACUUUCAGCUGCCCGCAGGGUGCCCCCCGUGAGUAUGGCAAGCACAAAAAACAUCCAGGCAGAACCAGGUCCCAGUCAUCCAGCCGGCACAGAGCUCAGACCAGAAGAGCAAAACUCAGAGAAUAAUGUGGGCAGGACGAAGAGACGGAAAGUGCAAGCUCACAGGCCUUUAUCCAGCUCGAACUCUCGGCCAAACCGGAGGGGGAUAGCAAAGGCAGGGCAGAGAGAACACCAGCGACCCCAGGCCCAAAGCAGUGGGGUCCAGGAUAGUGCUCUGUGCCCCAUCUGCUCAGGCUCCUUCAGCAUCAAGGUUCUUCCCUGGCAUGCUGCGACUUGUGGAGAGACCUCCCCACCUCACCCAGCCUCUCCCUCCUCAUCACCAUCUUCAUCGCAGUCUGUACUGUGGGUGUCCUCCCCGGACAGCUCACCACCCACUUCCUGGGUCCAGUGCCCUUUAUGCCAGUUGGACUUCUCAGCAGGAGAAGUAGAAGAACAUGCCAGCAUGUGUGGGGAGUUCCCUCAGGCAUGAGCCAUGAGGUCCUGUGGUUUUGGCCCCCCUUUCCUCAGUGACUAAAACUGGGGAGUGGAUCUCUUGACCGAGGAGAAGAGCUAAUAAGGCCAGGCUGCCCUCUCUCCUUCUCUCCACUCAUUCCCCCAGGACUCUGCCUCAGGGUACCUCUGGGCCCAGCCUGCUCUCCACUCCCAGUUGUCAAGGCUUCUGUCACCAUGGCACCCUGUUCUCCCAAAGACAGUUCCAUCCUUUUCCCCUUUGGAACUUCUGGGAUAGAAUUGAUGAUCUCUCUGGGGCUUUGGGGCAUAAUCCAGAACAUCUUCCUCUCAGUGAGUGAUGAGCAUCCUCAUGCCCAUUUUCCUGAAAGGAAAACUGGACCCAGUGAAAACAGAUGGGACCCUGUGGUAUACUGGGAAGUUGAGUGCUUUUUGAGCUUAACUCCCAGUAUCCUUGGUGGGUUCCCUCCCUACAUACAAUCAAGUAACAGUGUUGCUGUAUGACCUUAAGCAACUUGAGUUCUUCAUCUUGGACUCAAUUAAGCAUCCUGCUUGCAGAGCAAUUCCAGAGAUCAGAUGGGUUAAUGACUAAGGAAUAGUUCUAGGCUUGGCUUUGGAACCCUGGACAAAACCCAGUCCCCACCUGUACAAUGAGGCAGUUGGACCAGAGGGUCUCUAAGGUCCCCUCCACCUAUAACAUUCUAAAUUCUAUUCCCACACCUUCCUUGAGCAACUGUGUCCUCUCCCCUUUCCCAGAAGUUUUCACUGUGUGGUAUUCAUCAGUUCCUCUGGUCUCCAGGGUACAGGGCAAAGGGGGAGCAGCUGGUCCUGGCAAAGGGAGGGCCAAGGGCGGGGUUUUGAACUCAAGUGUAGGAAAGAGGAAGCUGGGCACAGUCAGGGGAGUAGCCAGAGCAGUUCAGUCCUUCGGUCCCUGCCAGCCUAGGUGGGUGCAGCCAUGGACCUCCUCACGGUAAGAGGCCUGUUCUCCUACCAUCCCUCAUCCUGGUCCCAUUUCUGACCAUGAUUAAAACAGUAGAUUGAGCCACAGGGACAGUAAGGAUAUCCUAGUUGCCAUGGAGGUGAUGAACAUUGCCAUGUUGGUGGAGGAGAGCCCUUGGAGUCCCGAGCCUGGGCCCAGAGAGGAGCCCUGGGGGUGGGCUAGGCCUGGUACAAGAGAAGGACAAGACAGCACUGAGGGAGAAAUGCUACCGAAAGCAGGAUUGGGCAACGCCAAGGUAGGUUGGUGGGGAAGGAGCAUUGGGAUGUUCUAGGAGGCCAGGACAGAGCUGAGGGGCUUGGAGAAAGCCCAGUUCAAAGACCCUCCUGUGUGGACAUGUCUGGACCUGUCCUUCGGAGGCUCUGGGACUCUCAGAGGGAUGAGCAGCUGGAAGAUGAAGUCAACAAGAUGGGAGCUGGGUCCUGGGCAGAUCCUGUGGUAGAUUCCGAGCAUGGCCCUGUCCACCUGCUUUAACCUACCCUUUUUCAGGGUGCCCAUGCUAGCCCAAUGUGUGCAGGUUCCUGUGAGGGUAGAAGUUGUGCUGGGGAAGGGAUCCCCAGCCAGACCCAGGCCUGGCACUGCCUUUAAGGAUCUACACAAUAAAGUGGUGACUAAGAAAA